UAGACGAAACAUUAUUUUCCAGAAAAUGCGGGGUUGGUAUUUAAGGUCGUGAACCCAGGAUCCAAAUGCGCUAUGAUUGAACUACCGUGGGGUGGAGGCCUCUUUAUAACUGGCUGGUUUCUGACACUGUUCUUUACCAGUGUCGGUGGUCAGUUAGGUUCAGAGUACGGAUGCCCUACUCAAGAGAGGAUUCUACCUUGCAGAUGUUCUACUCGUGACAUGGAGAUUCAAAUAUGGUGCAGUCAUAGCGAGUUGCCAAAAGUUCUCGAGGGAUUGAAGGCAGUGAGCCAUUAUUUAGAUCGACCAGUAGACGAGUUGAUCCUGGAAAACAAUAAUUUACCUAGUCUGCCGGGCAAAGUUUUCGCUACUCUACGUGUUCUUCGUUUAAUGCUUCGAAACAAUCGUCUUGAAAGAGUGUCGUCAGGAUGGCUAGAGGGUCUUCACGAUUCUCUUCUAGAGUUAUUUGUCGUGGAACCGGAUUUACGUUCCUUGCCGAUAGACAGUUUAGAAAAUCUACAAGGCCUCGAAGCGGUGACGUUGCAGAGUAGAGUGAUGAAGAAACUGCCGAAAUUCUCCGGACUGCCGAAGCUUAGAUAUCUGCAGAUUAACUCUCCGGCCCUAUUGGAAUUGGCUCCGAGAAAUUUCCAUGACUUGCCCAAUUUGGAACAGUUCCACGCUUUCGGUAGUCCACGUCUGAUACGCUUAGAAGCUGGUCUUUUUCGGGGCCUACCGCGGCUCGAAUUGAUGAACAUCACGGACUGCGGAGUUCACUGGGUUCACCCUCGAGCGCUAAUAGAUCUGCCAGAAUUGAAAGAGGUUUCGUUAGUUGGAAACUCGAUCGUAGAUGCCGGCAUGAUUGGCCGUGCCUGCAUGGAUCUACCUUCGCUUUCGGUGAUACGGUUGGACAGAAAUCGUAUAAAUCGUCUUAGCGAAGGAGCCUUCACGGACUUGCCCGUUCUCUCUCGCUUGUACUUGUCGAGGAAUUAUAUUACCGAGGUGUUCGCUGGGGCAUUUCAAAGAAUGCCAGCCUUGAAAACGGUUGAUCUCAAUCACAAUCUAAUACACCGCAUACAUCCAGAGUUCUUUCCGCGUAGGCCUGGAAAUAUUUUGGAGGAGAUGUGGCUGAUCAACAACGAUCUGAGCCACGUAACCGAGCUGAGAUCGAUAAUGGAAGCAUUGCCCAGACUGAAGUUUCUCGACGUCAGUCACAAUCAAAUCGAGGAGAUACCUUUUGGGGCACUAAGGGGGCACCUCACACUGGAAAGGCUUCACCUUGAUCACAAUAGAGUGGCCUUUCUGCAGAGAGAAACCUUCACCGCGAUGCCCGCUCUUAGGGAACUCAGAUUGAAAAAUAAUUCUCUGUCAAACGUAUUGGAAGCGCCGUUCUGGAACUUGCCAGCGUUGAAAGGUCUAGAUCUUUCCGAAAACUACUUUCGCCAUCUAGAGCCUCGUUUAUUAGCGAAUUUGCCAAGUUUGAGACGGUUGGAUAUUAGUGGGAACGCGAUUGGCCUCAUAGAGCCUGACUCGUUUUUAGGUACACCUGCUUUAGAGCACAUCAACAUCUCUGGAAACGCGCUCUCUGUUCUUCAUCCACUGACGUUUCAUCAUCUGACUAAUCUCUACGAGUUGGACGUCGGUUGGAAUCGAAUGCUCGAGAUAGUUCCGGGCUUACCGAGAAACAUAGAACACCUUUACAUGCCUAUGAAUCGAAUUAUCGUUCUACCAGCUGUAUCUUCUCAAGAUCUGGAUCUGCCGGUUCUGAGGUCCUUGGACCUCAGCGCGAACGGGAUCGAAAGAAUACCACCAGGAACUCUGACCGAUUUGCCGAAUCUGAGAAAGUUAAACUUCGGUUACAAUUCUCUUCGACUUUCAGAAGACGGCGCCUUCGAGGGGUUAUCGAGAUUAGAGCAAUUAGACUUGAAGUAUAAUCGAUUAGUCACUCUACAUGGACGAAGUUUCCGACCACUGAGAUCGCUGAUGGAUUUGAACUUGCGGGGUAAUCGUUUGGAAGUUCUAAGGCCGGAUAUCUUUCAGGAAAAUAUUCGAUUGCAAAGAUUGGAUCUCAGCAGGAACAACCUUGCGCAAAUACCUCAUGCAACUUUUUCAAGUACCAGAGACCUUCGUGAACUAUACGCGUCGCACAAUACUUUGACCGAGUUACCCGGAUCGUUACACGGCUUAACAGCUCUUCAGGUACUCGACUUGAGCUUCAACAAGCUGAACAUCCUGUCGCCGGAAACAUUGAGCAGCCUAUCGGCCUUGCUCGAGCUCAAACUUGUCAGGAAUCGCAUCCGUGAAUUGCGUGAGGGCGCCUUCGAUGGUUUGCCACGAUUAACGUUAAUCGAUCUGGAAAAUAAUGAUCUCAGAAUUAUCGAAAGAAACGCCAUCAGAGCUCUGCCUGAGCUACAGGCGAUACGACUUGGAAAAAAUCGAUUGCAGAUAAUCCCAAGCGGAGCAUUCACCGAAUUGCCAUUGCUGCAGAGUGCAGAACUUCAGGAAAAUCGGAUUCAGGAAAUUGCCAGUAACGCAUUCAUUAACGUGCCCCACCUUCUCUUUCUUAAUCUAAGCCACAAUCAUUUGCCAUCGUUGGACUACGUCGGCUUAGAGAGCUUGCGUUCCCUGGAGGUUUUGGAUUUGAGCAAUAAUCGAUUGUCCAGAGUGUCGAGCAACAGUUUGGCGUCGAUGGAGUGGCUGGUCGAGCUGAAAAUGGACAACAAUCGUAUUUGUACCAUCCACGGUUCGCCUUUUGAUGAAAUGCCGAGACUUCGAGUGCUCAGUUUGAGAAGUAAUCGAAUGGCUUCCGUUUCGGAAGCUGCGUUCAAAAGAUUGCGAUCGAACAUCGCUGUCUUAGAUAUCGAUGGCAAUCCACUUUCGUGUUCUUGCGGGAUGUUAUGGUUAAGAGGAUGGUUGCAGCAAGCCUCCUCCGAAGGUCCAAGAUGCGCAGAUGGAUCUUUAUUCAAGGAAAUUAGAUUGUCACGUCAGGAUUGUCAACGUGAAAGACAAAUCGACCCGAUCCACCCGGGCUGCGAGGCGGAAAUGAUCGACGUUGCUCCAUAUCCAGUCUCCUCUUCCAUAUUCGGGGCAACGGAGAUGGUGCCACUUCGUAUGAAUUUAAAGGAGUCGUCAACGCGAAAUCCUCCUAAUGCUCAGGAUACCGAUUACUUCUACGAUUAUUCAGAUUAUCAAGAUAGUAAGAACAACGCGUCAAAUGUAACUUUCACGUCGGCUCAGUUUGUGACUACAGUAGCAACGGAUAUCGUGAAAGCCACUCAGACAAUGGAGAAUGUUCAACCUUCGACGAACGAUACUAUUCCUAUAAAAAAAGUGACUUCGAUGCCUCCCUCUCCUAGUAGCUCUGGUUUUACAUUUUUCGGGGUCCCUUUACCUAGCCUCAAUUUCAAUCUUUGGGGUAAUUCGAGGAAAAAAUUCGAGAGAAAGAAUUCUUCGGAAAGACCUGGCAGAGGUCGUUACAGAACAUUCCCACCUACAGAACCGGAAAUUCACAGAGGUGGUUUUAUACCGUUACCACGUGGACAAGGUGGGUUUGUACCUAUCGUUGACCCUAGACUGACUUUCGAGAAACAGAUUAAAAAUGAAACUUCGAAAAUUCAAAAUUCAAACGUCACUCAAGAGGAGAAGAAACGAUGGAAGAAUGGGAAUGGCACGGUUGUGAAAGUUGAAAGGACCUAUCCAAGAACAAACAAAACUAAAGCGGGAUCUAAAGAAAGAGAAGAAUUAUCCACAAUGUCAGUUAAUGAACAAAAUUCUCGUUGGCAAGUAACUGGCGCGAAAAAAAUCAGUCCUGUUGCUAAUAAAACAUCGGAUUCAAGUACCGCCGCAGACGAAUCAUUCCAAGAGACAAAUGAAACUUCGACAUUUACUGAAGUUUAUAGUGGAGAAAGUCUAGAGAUGAUUAGAAAAGCAAGCAAGAACGGAGAAAAGCUACAAAUAGAAGUUGCAAGUAGAAUUGUCUGGACUACUCCAAGAACUGUCUUGGAAAUGACCAAGGAAACAUCGACAGAGACACUGAGAGGAGAAAAAAAUUCAUAUUGGGAUACUGAAGCGAACGAAUUUCAAGAAACGUACAAUCCUGCAAUAAAUGCCAAAAACGAGUCAAUUGAUGAUUCGGGUGUAAUGACAGAACGACCAACUUCUCAUUCAACGUUCUUGGAAAAUCGAAAAAAUAUUUCUUCUACGUCCCAAGUUUCUCGAGAAACAGAAGCAUCGGCUCUUUCAGCGUUUCUAGUUCCAGGAGGUCAAGUGCCUUCAUUGGUUCCAAAUUUGCGUCCACUAGGUAGACCAACGAUAACGAAGGUUCCAUCACCACGUAUUGGUCUUUCUGGAGAAUCAGAAAAACAGAAAUCCGUGGCAGAAGCAGUUCAACGGAACUUGGAAAACGAGCAGGAAAAAUUAUUUGGCAUAGACGGAUCUUCCAAUGAAAAUAGCGAGAUUUUUGCAGACAAUUCCUUCAAUUGGUAUUUCCAACAUUAUAACGACACUAAUUUAGAACCAUUCGUUGGUGUAGCGUACAGUGUAGGUGAAAAGACAAAUGCGGCUCGAUGGACUUUAUUGGGUCAAAUAUAUCUCUCUCUUAUUUUGUACAUUUUCAUAUAAAAACAUGAAAGAUUAAAUAUAGAUGAAAUAUCUUCAGCACAAUUAAUUUAUUAAAUAAUUAAUAUUUGAAGUAUUCUUAAUUACGUGCAAAAUAUUAAUUAAUCGAUGAAGAGACUCCAAGUGCUAUUGGAUCAAUGUCAAAGAGUGUCUUAAUUAUGAAAAACAAGUAGCAUGUGUCCACAAAAGCUUGUUUUAAGGUUCGUAAUAUUGUGCUUCACGCCUAUUGUCAAAUAUGAGAUUUUAUAAUAAGACAGUAAUGCAUAAUUGAUUUAUUAUGCACCUCGUGAUGGUUCUGCUGGUUUCUAUUAAUGAAAAAUAAAUGAAGUUAUAAAUUCGAAUGA